AAAAUGAUACUCAUCCAGCAUUCCUGAGCAAUAAGAAUGGGUCCAGAUGUACCUCUGCUGAAUGAUUACAAACAGGAGUUCUUCUUAAAGCGCUUUCCACAGACUAUGCUGGGAGGUCCCCGGUUUAAAUUAGGCUAUUGUGCCCCUCCUUACAUCUACGUGAAUCAGAUUAUUCUUUUCUUGAUGCCAUGGGUUUUGGGAGGAGUAGGAACGCUUUUGUACCAAUUAGGCGUUAUGAAAGACUACUGUACGGCAGCGCUUUCAGGAGGACUGAUGUUUGUUACUGCGCUUAUCCUUCAGAUGAUAAAUCUGUAUGCCAAGCAGAAAACAGUGACAGUAGAAAGAAUGCAGAUUCAGAACUCCCUAACAGAUGAAGAUGAGUUUGAAUUUUCCAGCUGUGUAGGUUCAGAGACAGUAAAAUUUAUUAUUCCUGGCAAGAAGUAUAUAAUCAACACUGUAUUUCAUUCCCUUCUGGCAGGGGUAUUGUGUGGGUUGGGAACUUGGUAUUUGCUGCCAGACAGAAUCACCUUGCUGUAUAGCAACAUUGGAGGAACUGUGACCAUCUUUGUGUUUGGGUGGGUGACUCUGUGCAUAGGAGAGUAUUCGUUAAUCGUAAACACGGCUACGGAAACAGCUACUUUCCAAGCACUGGAUACUUACGAAAUCACUGCCCUGAUGAGACCUUUCUAUAUUUUUGUCUUUAUUGCAGUGGAUCUUGCACACAGGUUGUUAGUAAUGUUUGUCAUUUCUGCUGGAACAGCAAUAGCAUCGUAUUUCAUUCCCAGCACUCUCGGUGUAAUCCUCUUCAUGACUGGAUUUGGGUUCAUACUGAGUCUUAACCUAAGCGAGAUUGGUUUUGCCUUCAAACACACCAUGACCAGCCAUUUAGCCUCCAGCAAAUCUAAAAACAUGCACAGAGGCCUUAGAAAACAGUCUGGGUGGAGGGAAUUUAUUUUUUAUCUGACCGUCUUGACGUUUGCUCUCCUAGAAGCUAGCCUGCUGCAUCAGUUUGCAGGCUUUUCAUCAUUUUCCAAAGCCAGUCCUCAGGUUAUAACGAGUUAUGUCUUGAUCGUAUUACUUAUAAUUAUGUGGAUUCUUAGAGAGAUUCAGGGAGUGUACUUGUUUGGAGUCUUCCGAAACCCCUUUUAUCCAAAGGAUGUCAGGACUGUGACUGUGUUCAUGGAGAAGCAAAGAAGGCUAAUGAAAGUUGGUGUUGUCAGGAGGAUUUUACUAACACUAGUGUCUCCGUUCGCUAUGAUAGCAUUCCUGUCACUAGACCGCUCACUACAAAAUCUUCAUUCUGUGUCUGUUUGCAUUGGAUUCACGAGAAUAUUUAGGAUGGUCUGGCAGAACACAGAAAAUGCUCUAUUGGACAUAGUGGUUGUGUCAGUAGCACAAAUGUUGGUGUUUAAUCCAGACCUCUGGUGGAACAGGAACCUUGAUACAGGCAUCAGACUCUUGCUGGUUGGUAUCCUCCGGGAUCGACUGCUUCAGUUUGUCUCAAAGUUGCAGUUUGCCAUAGCUGUUCUUUUGACAUCGUGGACAGAGAAAAAACAACGUCGUAAAUCUACAGCCACCUUAAUCACGCUCAAUGUCGUUUUCUUCCCGAUCCUGCUGACCUUCAUCACCAUCUCUGCGCUCCUUUCUUCUCCCUUGCUGCCGCUCUUCACGCUACCGGUGUUUUUGAUUGGGUUUCCUAGGCCUGUCCGAAGCUGGCCGGGGCCUGUGGGCGCUGCAGCGUGCGUUUGCUCCGAUACUGUGUACUACCAGCAGAUGGUCCCAAGUCUGGCUGUUGCUCUGCAGUCCGCGCUCGCAGCCGGCAGCCUGGGUCUGUCUCUACCUGGAUCACAUUACCUGUGCCGUUUCCAGGAUAGGCUGGUGUGGAUAUUGGUGCUAGAAAAAGGCUUCACUUACUGUGGUGUUAACAUCAAGGGGCUGGAAUUGCAGGAAACAUCCUGUCACGCUGCUGAAGCUCACAGAGUUGAUGAAAUUUUUGAAAUGGCCUUUGAGCGUCAGGAGCACAGCAAGAUUCUCUCUCCUAAUCACCAUUUCGGACAUAUUUUGACUCCUUGUACUGUUCUACCUGUGCGGCUGUAUUCCGACGCCAGAAAUGUCUUAUCUGGAGUAAUUGACUCUCAUCAGAAUUUAAAGCAUCUGAAAGAUGAUUUCAUUAAAGUGCUCGUAUGGAUGCUAAUCCAGUAUUGUUACAAAAAGUCAAAAACCCGGGAAAGCCCGGGCAGUGCCAACAGUGGCGAAAAGGGAUCAUCUCCAGAAAAUCAGCACAGCAGUGCUGUAGAAAAAGCCAGGCCUCAGAGGGAAGAAGACAGCUUCAGUGUCGAUACCAUCGAGGACUGGACUGACGACAGUGACAUUUUUGAUCUCGAACCCAGUGGCAGAAUGACAGAGAGAAAAGAGCCGGGGCAGUUGGGAGCUACACCCAAAGUACUUCUGUCUAUUCCAGGGUCUGUAGAAACACAGAGCCAAGGUGUCCCACAAGAACUGUCGCCAGAAGAUAAAUUACACAGGGCUGUUGUGCUCGGGCUUCCUGCUGUAGACAAAGGGAAACAGCACAAAGCCUUACCUCAGGUUGAAUUCAGUUGCUCUUACUCAGAGCUACUGAGCGUCCCUGAAGAAUGGAGGACAGCCCCAGUGCCAGCUUCCAAAGUCACUGAAAUGAGGCAGAGGUUUCCAGAAGAAUGGUACCAUUUCAUUUUGAGCCAACUGGACUUUUUUCAUCUGAAAGAAAAGCCUUCCAGUUUACUUGAAGACCUUAUGAAAGAUAAAGCUUUGAAAGACUUGUACAUCCAUGGAGUGUUGUCGUGUUGUUUUGGCCUGUUUGGACUGGAUAACACGGUGCCUGCCCCAAGCCACGUGUUCAGAGCGUACACUGGUGGCAUUCCAUGGUCCGUUGGUUUGGACUGGCUCACCGGCAAACCAGAGCUAUUCCAGCUUGCACUGAAAGCAUUCAGAUACGCUUUUAAACUUAUGAUUGACAAAGCGAGCCUGGGACCAGUUGAGAACUUCAAGGAGCUGGUUAACUAUCUGGAAGAAUACGACAGUGAUUGGUACAUUGGGCUGGUGUCGGAUCUGGAGUGGCAGCAGGCAGUUCUUCAGGAAAAGCCCUACCUUUUUUCACUGGGGCAUGACCCAAACAUGGGAAUUUACACUGGUCGAGUCCUCACUCUUCAGGAAUUGUUAGUACAAGUGGGAAAACUUAAUGACGAAGCUGUGCGAGGUCAGUGGGCAAAUCUGUCCUGGGAGCUGCUCUAUGCUACCAACGACGAUGAGGAGCGCUACAGCAUCCAGGCGCACCCGGUUCUCCUGCGAAACCUUACGGUGCAAGCUGCCGACCCGCCUCUGGGCUACCCUGUUUACUCCUCUGAACUGCUGCACCUGCCUGCGUUCUAG